AUGCAGUUAACAGUACUAUUUCUCCUCACCCUGUCCAGAGAAAUUAGCGCACAAUUCCCCCGGCAAUGUACCACAGUCAACAUACUAAGAUCAGGUGAAUGCUGUCCUGAUCUAUCUCCCGUCGUGGUUCCUGGUUCAGACCGCUGUGGAUCAUCUUCCGGAAGGGGUCAAUGUGUCCAAGUGACAGCGGACUUGCGGCCCCAUGGGCCACAGUACAUGCAUGAUGGCCGAGAUGACCGGGAACAGUGGCCUCUUCGCUACUUCAACCGAAGCUGCCGAUGCAAUGGAAACUUCUCUGGAUACAACUGUGGGUCCUGUCGACCUGGCUGGAGUGGACCAUCAUGCAAUCAACCAACCAACAUCGUCAGAAGAAACAUUUUGGAUCUGAGCAGAGAAGAAACAAAUCGUUUUCUAAAUGCUUUGCAGCAAGCUAAAAUUACAAUGCAUCCUGAUAUCGUGAUAGCCACAAGGAGACGUGAGGAGAUCAUGGGUCCUGAGGGCAAUACACCACAGUUUGAAAAUGUGACCAUUUAUAAUUACUUUGUGUGGUCCCAUUAUUUCUCUGUCCGAAAGACAUUCCUUGGACCUGGUCAGCUGAGUUUUGGUGGCGUAGAUUUCUCGCAUGAAGGACCUGCAUUUCUUACCUGGCACAGAUACCAUCUGCUGCAGUUGGAGAGAGACAUUCAGGACAUGCUACAGGAUCCUUUUUUUGCACUUCCCUACUGGAACUUUGCAACAGGUAGAAACACCUGUGAUAUCUGCACAGAUGACCUGAUGGGAGCUAGAAGCAACUUUGAUGCCUCUCUUAUAAGCCAAAAUUCUAUAUUCUCUCAAUGGCGAAUUUUAUGUGACAAUAUUGAAGACUAUGAUACUUUGGGAACCAUUUGCAACAGCACCGAAGGUGGUCCAAUUAGACGAAAUCCUGCUGGAAAUGUUGCCCGCCCCAUGGUGCAGCGCCUUCCUGAGCCACAGGAUGUUGCUCUUUGCUUAGAAGUUGGACUAUUUGAUACACCUCCGUUCUAUUCAAACUCCACAGACAGUUUUCGUAAUACAGUGGAAGGCUACAGCGAUCCUUCAGGGAAGUAUGACCCAGCAGUCCGGAGCCUUCACAAUCUGGCCCACCUCUUUUUGAAUGGCACUGGAGGGCAAACCCAUUUGUCCCCGAAUGAUCCCAUCUUUGUCCUCCUGCAUACAUUCACAGAUGCUCUGUUUGAUGAAUGGUUGAGAAGACACAGCGCUGAUAUCUCCAUAUACCCACUAGAGAAUGCCCCCAUUGGACACAACAGACGGUACAACAUGGUACCAUUCUGGCCCCCUGUGACCAACAAUGAGAUGUUUGUUACAGCACCAGAAAAUUUGGGCUACAGCUACGAAGUUCAGUGGCCAACUCGGAGUCUUCAAGUCACCGAAGUCAUAACUAUUGCCAUUGUCACUGCACUGAUCCUGGUUGCAAUUAUUUUUGCGGGUGCCACAUGUAUCGUUCAUGCCCGGAGAAACAAAGACGAACUGCAUCAGCCUCUUCUCACCGAUCAAUACCAGACUUAUUCAGAUGAUUAUGACAGCAUACCGACCCCAAGCCAAUCAGUGGUGUGA